GUACUGUGCUGCACAUUUCUUGGAAAUGAGUAAUGAUUAUCACGAAUCCAACCUCAUUCCCCAAACCGAGGCCUUUUUAAGUUAUGUGAUGUUCUCAUCUUGGAAAGACUUAUUCCAGGUGCUUAAAAGUUGCGAGGCCAUAUCUCCUUGGGCCAAGCAGUUGAAAAUUUUGAACCGGUGCUCAGAGGCCAUAGCAUGGAAAGCCUGCACCGAUCAUAAUGCAUUCAGCUUCAGUACCUGCGACGCAGCCCUCUUUGGUAUUCAAGGAAUAGGUCGACAUACUCAGAAGUCGAAGUUUCUCUUGAUCAAUGGUGGUUUGAGGAGGUCUCGCUGCUGCGGAUAGACCAUUUCUUAGAAGUGGUAGAUGCGUGCAAAAGGAAAGGGAUGCAACCUGACCUUAUCGGUGAAUCUAUGGCCGCAUGGACCAAAAAAUGGCUUUCGAGAGUGACAUUGCUUGACAAUCUGACGGCCCAGAAGCUAACUUACCAGUUGCAACGAGUUACAAUCGAGAGCUUGAUAAGGGUACUUCCCUUAGAGGAAAAUUCUGUCUCUUGCAAUUUUCUGCUUAACCUUCUCAAAGUGAGUCUACUAAUGGAGAGCGACUCUGAUCUGGUAAAGAGGCUGGAGAGAAGAAUAGCCAUCAUGUUGGAGAAAUGCAGCGUGCGCGAUCUCUUGGUGAAGAACCGCAUAGAUGGUGAUACUACGUACGAUGUCGGAGUUGUUAUCAGAGUGGUGCAAUGCUAUGUUUCUGUUGUCUGGAUAAAUCAUCCGCCAAAACUAUUCGCUGUAGGAAGACUGGUUGAUGGGUACCUCGCAUUUGUGGCGAGGGAGGAGAGACUCUCGGUCAGGGACUUCCAGUCCCUUGCAGAGGCAUUGCCAACAGAUGCUCGGUUUUGCAACGAUAACCUCUAUAGGGCUAUUGACAUGUACAUCAAGGCACAUCCUAACAUAACAGAGGCUGAGAGGAUGGGAAUUUGCAAGGCAAUGGACUACCACAGACUGUCGAAAGAAGCGCAAGAGCACUCGUUGAAGAAUGACCGGUUGCCCCUGGACAUGAUGGCAAGAUUCAUCCUCAUGGAGCAAGUGAACAUGAUGAGGUCGGCAACCAACUCCCGAUCAGAUUAUAGAAGAACUGCCACACAGGCGGUCCUGAGAACCAGUACCCGGCUCGAGCCACGGCUCGAGCCACAGCUGGUUGAGUUCACAGAAGGAGGUGAGGAUGAUGAAGAAAGAGGUGGAUGUGAUGCAGGCCCAGAUAAGGCAGUUGCAGCAGUGUAG